AUGCCUAGCUCUGGAGACGAAGACCGCCCCUCAGGCGGUAAGAAGGAGAAGAGCAGAAGACCUGGAAAUACUGCCUUUAGACAGCAGCGAUUAAAGGCCUGGCAACCAAUUCUCACACCAAAAACAGUUCUUCCGCUCUUUUUUGCCCUCGGUAUCGUCUUUGGUCCCCUCGGCGGCCUCCUUCUCUGGGCUUCUGCCCAAGUUCAAGAGAUAGUUAUCGAUUAUACAAAAUGCACAAGUGCUAGCUCGGAAUUUGAGGUCAUCCCCUCGAGCCACUACUCAGUCUCAUUCAAUAAACCACUCCCAGAAGCCGGUAUCCCUAAAUGGUCUAUGCAAAACGGGACAACCUGCAAGAUCCAAUUUACACUUCCCAGCGAUUUUAACCCCCCGGUACUGUUCUACUACCGCCUCGCAAACUUCUACCAGAACCAUAGACGCUACGUGCAGAGUCUCGACGAGCAGCAGCUUAAAGGCGAUGCUAGGACAAGGAAUGAUCUAGUUAGCUCCGAUGACUGCUCUCCUCUCAUCGUAAACAAGGAUAAGAAGCCAUACUAUCCCUGUGGCCUCAUCGCAAACAGCAUGUUUAACGAUACCUUCAAAUCACCUGCACUCCUCAAUUCGCAAUCCAGCGAACCCAGGCCAUAUAACAUGACGAACACAGGCAUUGCUUGGAGCUCCGACAGAAAGCGCUAUGGUAAAACCAAGUACACCGUCGACGAUGUCGUCCCCCCUCCCAACUGGGUAAAGAAAUACGGCGAGAAAUACGAAGUACUUCCUGAUCUAACCAACUGGGAAGAGUUCCACGUGUGGAUGCGUACAGCCGGUCUACCGACAUUUUCAAAGUUGGCGCUGAGGAAUGACAAGGAUGUUAUGGGCGCGGGCAGGUAUCAGGUGGAUAUCGAGUAUAAUUUCCCGGUCAGUGAAUACGCGGGAACAAAGAGUAUUGUCAUCUCCACAAGGACCGUCAUGGGCGGGAAGAAUCCAUUUUUAGGGAUUGCGUAUGUGGUCGUGGCUGGGAUUUGCGUGGUGUUAGGUGCGGUAUUUACGGCGAGACAUCUUUAUAAGCCGAGGAAACUUGGUGAUCAUACUUACCUCUCGUGGAACAACGACGAGGCUCCGGCUCAUUAA